UGGCGCUGCAUAUUAAGCAGCAUAUAGCGUUUUUGUUUACGUUGCUAAUGCACUGUAUAUUCUUAAAAUUUAGAGUCAAAAGAUACUUUUGCAGGUUGAAUAAUGAUAAUGUAACAUUCAUUUAAAGACACCAGUAUGUCGCAAAUAACAUUAAAACCUUUGGAUGAUGGUCAAAAGGCUGUUGAAAUCCCUUUAGGCAAAACAACUAUUGGGCGAGGACCUUUCCUUGGCUGUAUUGACAAGAAAGUAUCAAGAAACCAUGCUGUUUUAGAAGUAACAAGUAAAGGAGAAGUGUAUUUAACUCCAACUCAUGUAAACCCUUGCUUUUAUCAACCAACUGCUGAUAGCCCUGGUCAGAUUUUAAAGAAGGACACCCCCCACAAACUAGAGAAUGGCGAUUCCUUUUCUCUUCUUCCCAGAGCCUAUCGGUAUCAGCUCAUUGUGGUUGAAGAUCCCAAAAAGCAGCAAGAAAGUACAGACCAGAACGAUUUAAAUAAACAAUCUGGUAAAACAAAUGGAUCAACAGGUGUUGGAUUUGAAGAAAAUGUUAAAGAUCCAGUGAAAAAUGUGUGCAAUGAGGAACAGGGUGACACAACAAUGACUGAGAAACCUUUUAGUAAAGAAGAUGAAGAUAAUAAUGUUACUGAUAAAAACCACUCUAAGGAAGAUAAUAACUUCUCAAAAAAGCUUGCAGAUAUCACUGAAGAAAAGGCACCAUCUAUAAAAGAAAAUAAUGAAAUCAAGAAAGAAAAAGAAGUAACUGAAAAGGAAACUAUCCCACCAGAAGAAAACAAUGUUGAUGAUACCAAGGCAACUGAAAACAGUAGUGAAAAUCCAACAGAACAUUCCAAAGUGAAUGAUUCCAGUGGGGAGAAUUGUGUGGAUGCAGAUGAACUGAGUAAACCCUCAUCAGACAAAGUAUCAGAAGAGAAUGAAUCAACAUCUCAUGCUGAUUCUUUCCCUAAGAAUGGUGCGUCUGAUGCUGCAGUAGAUGCAACACAUGAAGAUAAAGAAGAAAAAAGUGUUCCUGAAGAAAAUUCAGAAGUGAAAAGGACGGACAAUUGUGAAGAAUUGCAAAAAGAGGAAACCCUAGAUAUGUCUCCUUCAAAAGAUGCUAUCAAUGAAGGAGAGGAUGAGAAGAUGUUGUCAAACCGGAUGGAAGAAGCUCCACCUUCUAAGAGAGGAAGGAAAAAAUCCACAGUCCCCAAACCACCUAAAGAAGAAAAGGGAGCAAAAAGAAAAGCAGCUACAGAUGCACCUCCUAAGCCUAAAGGUCGGAAGAAAGUUCCAAAAUUUGAAUUUGAGCCAGGGGAGGAAGGCAGCUCACAGAGGCAAGUGCCUGGUCGAACCUCCUCCAGAACCAAUAGACAAACAAGGCAAGGUCUUUCACUAGAGGAUUUUAUUGUGAGCGAUGAUGACGAAUGGCAGAGUGAUCGAUCAGAACCUAAACAGCGACGAAAGAGAGGUUCUCGGAGAAAUGACGAUUCUGGUAGCGAUUGGGAAAUAGAGCACAAGAAGUCUAAAAAACCUGUUCACAAAUUUGGUUCUGGAAGUGAAUCGGGAAGUGAUUGGGGAAGCCAUAAAAGGAAAAAGGGAGGUCCUCGUGGAAGAAGAAGAAAAGGUAAAGCUACGAGUGAAGCUGGUUCAGAAGAUGAAGCAGAGCCAAAGCCUUCCAAUGUAACCAAGAGUGACAAACCCAGAAUACCAUGCACAUAUGGAAAAAAAUGCUAUAGGAGAAAUCAGAACCAUAUUGACCAAUUCAGUCAUCCAGGAGACUCAGAUUAUACAUCAGAGCCUGAGGCCAGUCAAAAAAAUGAUACUGCAGCAGUGAGUGAAGGAGAGGAUUCCAGCCCCAAAAAGGAAUGUCCCUAUGGUGAAAAUUGCUUCAGAAAAAAUCCUCAACACAAGAAAGAUUUCAAGCAUACUAAAAAAGUCCGCCCACAGAGAGAAGCUGCUAAGCAAGCAGACAAGAAAACAAAAAGUUCCAGAAACAGUGAUGAAGUUGACAACUAUGAUUUAAAUGACAGUUUUCUUAAUGACGAUUCUGAUGAAUACAAACCUGUGGACUCUGGCUCUGAUUAUGAAAGCGGUGAAAAGAUGAAGAGGCUUGCCAAGGCAAAGGGGGGGAAGAGCAAACGUGGGAAAAAAGUCUGAGUGCCCUUCAGAGCAAAUUAAAUCAUUCUUCUCAUCUCCAUCGUUCUGUGGUUGUACAAACCUUCAUCGUUGCACCGGUCGUUUCCCACAGAGCAGGAGAACUCUGCCGUUCGAUCGAGUCUGUGUGUCUUUUCUUUUCUUUUUUUGUUUGAGUUUGUUCGCAAUUCACUUUCAUCAGCGCCCUCCCCGACUGCGCCUCGCAAAAAGUGAUAUACAUGAAAUCAUGGAUUGGAUUUUGCAAGCGCUCGAAAAUGUAUGUGGAAGAAAGCUGGAAUGUGGAUCUCUCUGAGCACAGCCAGCACAUCAUUCAAAUUGUAACAAAAAUCAUUUCAUUCUUCUGUCUGAUCAGUGUCAAUAUGUGUUUUAAAAAGUGCAUUUAUCCAUUUACUUGUGUUUUUGUUGAUGUUUUAACAUGUUAAACAAUCAUAGGAAAAAAAGUUUUGCAUAUCACGCCUGCUGAAUAUUUAUGUGAGUAUUUAAUAUCUCUCUCUGCGAGCUAAUACAAAUUAAACAAUGUUCUUAUUCAUUAAAAUGAGAAAUUUUAAUUGCCCUUUGCUUUUAUCUUAUCAGAGUUCAUUUGUAUAGAAGUAUGUUCUGUACCUAGUCCUAGUCACAGGCUAUUUUUGAUACUUAUGUUUUGUAAUGGGAAAUGAUUGUUUUUAUGAAUGAAUUUUAUAGCAUAUGUUUUCAUUUUUAAAGUUAGAUUGUAUAUUUUAUUUAAAUGUUCCUGUUUUUAUCCCAGAAUUAUAUUUCUAAAAUGUUGUUUUAUGGCUCAAAUAGUUACAUCUUUGAAUUAUAUUUGCAUGAUGUGGCGCAAUAUGCUACUAUUAAUUUAUAUAAUAAGAUAUGCCAUGGAAAAAUUUAUGCAAAAUUUGAAUAAAAAAUAAAUUUAAUUUGCAAUCAAAAAUUGAAUGUAAAUUUGUCUGUCUCUCAAAUAUUAGUUUCUGUUUCAUUUUUCAAG